AUGUGCGCGAGAUUUUCAUCAUUUACAGAAUUGUUUAUUGCAUUUGCAUUCCCGGAGGAACAAUUCGAUGUCCAGCCAGAUAAACCAGCGUGGACCCAUGAGAACCAGGCGCACCGCCUCAGUGAACCCCACAUCAUCCACACCGAGCCAACUCCCCACCAUGAGCAUGCGGCUACCUUACCUUACCUCACCUCUCGACCUUACCUGACACUUGACGAGAGUUCCUGCGCAGAGCAAUCCGACGAAGUUACCUACUUUCAACCACACCAGCGACCGACGGCAUAUAGAAACCUUGCCGUAAACACAACCUCACCUACCGAUAAGUGA